AUGGCAUCCCGCUGCACCGCGUUCCUCACUGCCCGCGACCGCACACAUGGUACACAUGUCGGCAACACCGAUCCAUGCUUCGACCCGGAGCAAGAGCUUGCCUCCGCCACUGCUGACUUUGGGUGGGCUCUGACCAAGAUGAAGUGCCCCAGGAACUACCUCUCGGGACUUACCAAAGAUCGGGCCAACGCCCGGUCGCCGCCGCCCCCAACGCCGUCACUCCCCGGCCGCCGCCGCCCUCCCGUCGCCGACCACCGCUGCCUAGCGUCUCCGCCGACGCCGCCAUCGCCCGCGUGCCUCGGCCUCCUCCUCUUCCCGUGCCGAGGCCGCCGUUCCUGCGCCGCGCCCUCGACCCCGUCGCCUCGCCGGCGACCCGGACGUCGCCCCUUCGUCGUCCUCCUCCUCGAGCCCGCUGCCUUGACCCCACGACCGUUGGUGAGGCCCCCGGCCACUUCUCUCCUCCUCCCGCGCCGAGCCUGGACCGGCGCCCCGCUCGCGGCCCCGCUGCUCGCCCGCGCGCGUUGUUCCGACUCGCCGACGCUGCUGUCACCUCUCGUCGGCCCGCGCGCCCGUGAACCCCCGCUCCGGCUCUGCCCCGCCAUGGCCUGUGCUGCCGCCUCGUUGCCUCAGCUCCGCCGCCCCCUGCUCGCUGCGCGCGCCGCUCUGCCCGCGCGCUACCAGUGCCCAUCCUGCCAGCGCCUUCGCCCCGCUUCGCCCGUGCGACCCCGCCACCACCUCCACCGCUGCAGCUCGUACGUGCCGCCGCGCGCCUCCUUCGCCCCGCCGGCCCCGCGCCGUUCCGCCACAGCCGGCGCCCGCCGCCGCGGUCGCGCCCCCACCCUGGCCGGAGUCCCCUUCCCGGGUAGACUCGGGCGCGCACCCGCACGCCCGUAA